UUAGAUUUGAGUAUUUCUCGACUAGUUGAGUAAUGUUGUGGCUUCUCGAGUUUUAUAACAACGAGUCUAAAUCCAGUUGUGGAAGAAUCAACAUUUGUUAAUUCCAUUGAUAUUUUGGUUUAUUUAAUCUCAUAAUUCGAGUGCAAAUGAUAUGAGUGAUACAUAUUCAAUAGUGAACAUUUAGAUUCACGAAAGUUGAAACUAUUAUCUUAAAAUUGAGAUUAUGCAGUAUCAUUCAACGAAAAAAAAGAUUAUGCAGUAUCAUUAUACCAAUAAAUUAAGACAAGUAUAUUUUUAACAUUUAAAACUUGAAAAAAAUUUGGGUCCAAAAUUUGAAGUUUUAAGUUUAACCUUAAAGUUGAAGUCUAUUUGUUUUCUUUCUUACAAAAAAAAUGCCAGAUUGGGGGAAAAUACAAAAGAGUUUUUUGAUUUUCUCCAAACGACAGUACCAUUUUGCCCUUUUUUUCUCUUACGCGCUCUCUUCCUCCUUAUUUCUUCUCUCUCACUCGCACAACAGAAAACCAGAGAGGCACCAAGAGCAAAAAGGAACCAAAAAAAAAAAAAAAACCCAUCACCAUAGCUUCAGAGCAAGAAGAAGCAGGAGCAUAAGAAGAAGAACAAUAAGAACAAAUUUGAAGCAAUGUCGUCAAAGCGAAGAAACCCGCCAUUGUUGCUUCUUCUAUUCAUCUCCGUUUCCAUUUCCGUUCUUUUCGUCUCCUCCUCCGCAGCUCCCGGAGCUGAAACUGCGACGUUUCAUUUCCGAGCUCCUCGAUUUCCUGAUUUUUCGAGAGCUGGACAUGGCUUAGUGGCGCCAUUCGGCAUAAGACGCCAUCUCGCCGACGGCAACUCGACGGAGGCCGGUGAUGGGAAUUCGACGACUCUGGUGUUGGCCGGAGAGAGGACUCGACGGAAAGACCCUUCGGAUAACUUGAAAAUCUACACUGGUGGAUUCAACAUCAGCAAUCAACACUACUGGACUUCUGUGAGUGCUACAGCAGCACCAUUCUUUCUCGUAGCUGGAGUUUGGUUUGCAGUCUUUGGGAUAGUUCUAGCCUUCACCUGUCUAUGCUAUUGCUGUUGCCCUAGAGAGCCUUAUGGCUACUCUCGAACUUGCUACGCCAUCUCCCUCAUCUUCCUCAUCCUUUUCACCAUUGCAGCAAUUGCUGGAUGUGUUGUUCUUUAUACUGGACAAGGGAAGUUCAUCGGCAUAACAUCAGACACAUUGGACUAUGUUGUGAGCCAGGCAGAUGUUACAGCCGAAAGCCUCAAGAAUGUGUCAGGGUAUCUCGCUGCAGCCAAGUCGGUUGACGUGGACUCGAUUUUCUUGCCUGCUGACAUGCGGAGCAAACUCGAUAACCUUGUGGCGAAGGCCAAUUCGUCUGGGAACACAUUGUCCAGCCGUACUCAGGAUAACAGGAGGAAGAUUAAGGAUGGGUUGAAUGGCGUGAGAUUGGCUCUUGUGAUCUUAGCAGCUGUUAUGCUUGGUUUGGCAUUUCUUGGCUUUUUAUUCUCCAUUCUUGGGAUGACUUGCCUUGUAUACUUCCUGGUGAUUCUAGGAUGGAUCCUCGUUGCUGGUACAUUUAUCUUGUGUGGCGUCUUUCUUCUUCUCCACAAUGUGGUGGCAGAUACAUGUGUGGCAAUGGACGACUGGGUCCAGCAUCCUACUGCCAAGACGGCCAUGGACGAUUUCAUCCCAUGUGUGGACAAUGCAACUGCACAAGAAACGUUGGUGCAAUCGAAGCAGGUCUCUUUCCAGCUCAUCAACUUGGUUGACACCGUCCUCGCCAAUUUCUCCAACCGCAACUUCCCCCCACAACUCGGACCUCCUCUCAACUACAAUCAAUCUGGUCCGUUGGUUCCUCUUCUCUGCAACCCCUUCAACUCCGAUCUCACCGUCAAGGACUGCACUCCCGGGGAAGUCGUCUUCCAUAAUGCUACUGAGGCAUGGAAAGCCUACGUGUGCCAAGUUUCAAGCUCUGGCAUAUGCACGACGCCCGGCCGGCUGACUCCAUCGCUGUACUCCCAAUUGUCGUCGGCCGUGAACGUGAGCUACGGGCUCUACCGCUACGGACCGUUCCUCGUGGAGCUAGAGGACUGCACGUUCGUGCGGAGAACGUUCACUGACAUCAACGCUUCCUACUGCCCCGAUCUCCGACGAUACACGCAGUGGAUCUACGUCGGGCUGGUGAUCGUCUCGGCCGCGGUGAUGCUGUCGCUGAUCUUCUGGGUGAUAUACGCCAGAGAGCGCCGCCACCGUGUGUACACCAAGCAGUUCAUGACUGGCGGUGGAGGAGAUCACAACAAGGGUCCGGGGAAUAUAUGAGUGGUUUUGGAGGGAGAUUUGAUUGAUUAUAGCUUUUGUAAAUUUUGGUAGUUGUUUGUUUUAGGAGUGAUAUAUAUGUAGAUUGGAUGAGAGUGGAUGGUGGUUCUGCUUCAUAUGUAUGUGUACCAAGUAUUUACGCAGGUAACUCGUUACGUACUAUAGUUCCUCGGGUCAUGAAAUACUGUUAGAACAGAAGAAAACAGGGGAGCCUCUGUUUUCCACGGAGGAAAAGCCCAUCGAUGGCGGAAACAGAGGAAUUAGCUUCAACGACUAGUUAAUUUAAUGGCCCACUAUUCAUCAUAGGUCGGAGAAGGAAGGAAGGAAGGAGAAGGAUUUUUCCUCCUAUCUCUCACUUCUUGUGGUGAUCAGGGAAAAGAGCAAGUGAUCGGAGAAUUUAUGCCUGGGGAAGGAAGGAAAGGCAGGGGAACUCCGGCGGGAAAUGACGAAAAGCGAAACGUUUCGGGUUCUAAAAAACCAAGUUCGAAACGCGAUUAAUUGACGAGGUAUAUUUGACUUUCUCAUGACAUAUUGACGCUGACAUCUACUCGACCGGCGGCGAAACAAACAGUGGGGAAAGAACGUCACCGGGAAAACCAGAGAAAUAAGCAGAGGUACUCUGUUUUUUUCUUCUUCUUCUCUUUCCCGGCGAUGGCAGACGAUGACAACGGAGUGGGAAUUAGUUCCGACCUCCCGGCCGGCGGGUUUGGAGUAGUUUAAGCAGCAGUUAUUGAGUGUCGGAUCAAGAACCGAAUAAAUAAUUGAUGGACGGACAAUAUCCAGUCUCUCUCCCAGUCCCACGACCACCACCGGAAAUUGCAGAUGCAACCCCCAUGGAAUUCAGCUUGAUUGAUUCCACGAAGAAUUCAUUCAUUCAUUCCCCCUUUCUCCAAAUUAUAACCAGAACAAUGAUGGAGGCGUUGUUUUCGCUGCAGGAACCGAAACAGUUUUCUCCCCCGACACACGUCAGUGAAUCUAAGCCGGCAAACAUGUCUGCAGGCUGCCUGUCCAGUGUCCGACGUAAAGACACCAUUUUUCACAAUAAAGAAAGAAAGUUACAGUACAGUUAGAAACAUACACGACAACCCAUCACCACCACCACCACAAACGAGGUCAUGAAAUCACAAAUGUCCCACGUACGAGCUAAUUCUCGUCACACACGUAGAUAAGAUAAAGAGUAACUGUCACGUCUAGUGGACCAAUUUUGUGUGACAUUUUGACUACAGUGGAAUAAGUAGCCAGAGCCCAGAAUAAUCGUUAGGACUUAGG